UACUCGCGAAGCAUUUUCCAUCCCAUGGAUGCUCCAUGUUGCGAAAUCGAUUCGAAUCCGGUAUUUUUCCCGUAAAAAGUGUGUUGCGUGGUACUUAAAAUACUAUUAAUCGAAUAAUCGUUUAUGCCGUAACAUUUCAGCAGUGUAAUUCGUCGGAAAUUGCUGAAAAUUGGCGGUGAAAUUUAGAGUUGAAAUUUGCGUCAAAUCUCGACGGGAAAACUGGUGUUCCUUCUCAUUGCAUCUUGGCGUCGUGUUCGUGUUUUUUCGUGGAAAUAUUCCAUGAUCUCUUGAAGUUUAGGCUUUGUGUUCUUUUUUUUUGCGUUUAAGUAAAAGUUUUAUUUUUUAUUGCUGGAAGUGAUACCAGCAGUGGGAUGUCCCUCCGUCAGUAUCGUAAACCGACCCACAGCGCUGCCGAUGGUGCAGUUCCUUCGAGUCCCAGUGCAGGCGAUUUAAAACUGGAGAAAGUGCCAGGACGGCAGCGUAUACAAGCACUAGUGGACAGUGGAAGCGAAAGUGAAUGCAAUAUUCCCACAAAGGUGCUGACGGACAAGGUGAUUGCAUCGCCAAUUCCUAUUCCGGCGGUUGGGGCAGUUUCAACCAGUGCCAGUCCAACAAGUCCGGUAAAUGGUACUUCAUCAGCUCCGGUGCUCACCGUCAGAGAUAAGGAGCUCUGUCUGCAAAAAGUACGUGCCGAACGACCCGAUGUGGACACGAUGCUCGUUCAGGAUACUCUUGUUCGGAAUCAGUGGAGUGUGGAAAAGACAUUGGAGGACUUGAAAUCGCACACGACCACUAAGAAACGCACCUUUGAACCUUCGCCGGCUCAAAAAGCAAAUAGCAGCGCUCAAAAACAGGUACAUCCGGCGAAAAAGCGUCGUACCAAUCAGGAUGAUGGAGGAAGUGACAGUGAGGAUGAAUCCGGAAGGCAAAAGGAAAAGGUUUUCGACAGCGAUGACGAUAGUGAUGAUGGUUGCAAUUAUGGCAUGUCAAAGGACCGAAAGGGUGUUUUUGAAUUCCUUAACAAUGCCACGGUUAACGAGUUAAUCACUGUGAAAACAUUAUCAACAAGGAAAGUGGAUUUUCUCACUGAGCUCCGGCCGUUCAAAAGUUGGGACGAAUUGGUAGAUAAACUUAAAUCUCACAAACAUCUCCAAACAGACAUUCUGAACCACACCCAAGAGUACAUGGCCAGAAGAAACAAUCUCGUGACCAUCAUGAACAAAUGUAGGAAGAUGUGUCAAAAGUUGGAAGCAGCUAUUGCCACUGACGGUGGACGGGUUGCGCAACCGUCCAACAUUCCGGACGGAUUCAAACUCGCUGAGUACCAGUUGCUCGGCCUUAACUGGCUGUCCGUGAUGCAUCGUAACGAUAUGAAUGCUAUUCUGGCAGAUGAGAUGGGACUCGGCAAGACGAUCCAAGUGAUUGCCUUUCUAGCUUGGUUGAAGGAAAACGACCUUAUCAAACAUCCGCAGCUAAUUGUGGUACCUUCGUCGACCCUGGAUAACUGGGAUAAUGAGCUUAGAAAGUGGUGUCCGGAGUUAAUUGUCAUGAAAUACUACGGAAGUCAGGAGGAACGCCGGAUGAUUCGAAUCGAUUGGGCCAAGAAUGGCAUUUCCGAUGUGGAUGUCGUCCUAACGACCUACCACAUGAUGGGUGCUUCGGGCGAGGAGAAGAAAAUGUGGCGAGUCACACAAUUUCAGUAUGUGGUAUUCGACGAAGCCCAUAUGCUGAAGAACAUGACCUCGCAGCGGUACGAGAAUUUGUUAAGAAUUCGGGCGGAUCGGCGCAUUCUGAUGACCGGCACGCCGCUUCAAAACAACCUUCUGGAAUUGAUGUCUCUUUUGUGCUUUGUUAUGCCAAAACUAUUUGGAGGAAAGGUGGAAGACAUCAAGGCACUGUUCCAACGAAUUAAAUCAAAAGAUAGUGGCGAGGAUCAAACGACGUUUGAAAAGAACCAGAUCGAGCGAGCGAAGCAAAUUAUGAAGCCGUUUAUUUUACGGCGUCUGAAGAAAGACGUGCUGAGCUUUUUGCCCCCAAAGACGGAAACCAUUAUGAAAAUACCCAUGUUAGACUCGCAGAAGGAGAAAUAUCUGGACCUGAUAAGUGAAUAUCAAAAUGCGACGGGUGUGAUGAAAAGCACAACCGUAAUUAGCGGAAUGUCCAUUAUGAUGGAGAUGCGAAAGCUGGCCAAUCAUCCGUUGCUUCUGAGAUACUACUUUUCGGAUGCCGAGGUACGAAAAAUUGCCCGCAAGCUGGCCGGUGACUCGGACUGGAAAAACAAGAACAUCGACGAAACGUUCCAGGACAUUGCGUACCUGUCAGAUUUUAAGUUGUUGCAACUGAAAGAUAAGUAUACUAGCUUGUACGAUCUGCACAUACCCGAUAAGCUGAUAGUGGCUUCCGGUAAGUUCCGCCAAUUGGACGAAUUGCUGCCGAAAUUGAAGAGCGAAGGCCACCGAGUAUUGAUCUUUAGCCAAUUCGUAAUGAUGCUGGACAUCAUCGAAAAGUACCUGGACAUCCGUAAAUACCAAUACCUACGAUUGGACGGGCAGACGGCAGUCACCGAUCGGCAGGAAAUGAUUGAUCAGUACACGCAGGACCCGAAUAUUUUCAUUUUUCUUCUCUCUACAAAAGCCGGAGGGCUGGGUAUCAACCUGACGGCAGCCGAUACGGUAAUCGUCCAUGACAUUGAUUUCAAUCCGUACAACGAUAAGCAAGCCGAAGACAGAAGCCACCGAAUGGGUCAAACGAAGCCAGUAAAUAUUUAUAAGCUGAUUAUGGAGGGUACGAUUGAAGAAGAAAUGCUCAUGAUUGCCCAAGAUAAGUUGAAGCUCGAAAAGGAUGUCACAGAAGAAGGUGCAGACAAAAAGGAAAAGCACAAGUGUAUGGUUCGGCUGCUAACGAUGGCUCUCGGGAUGGAUGAGAACAAAGCGGAAACUAUGCUCAUGAAUGAAUCACCCAAUAAGAACCAACAGGACGAAGACUUUUAAAGCCCGGCUUUUCUCGACUGUAAAUUGGAUUCGUUAGCUUCAUACAAUUCCACUCGCCUACCAAUUGAAAGUGUUGUUACUUAAGUAUUCAUUUUCUUUUCUAAAAAUCUUCGUCAUCAAAGAUUUAUAAGAUUUAGUUCUGGAUAUCAAACAGUUACUACACUGGAUAAAUUAUUAUACCAAAAGCUAUGCACUGCAACAGUGGCUGAUCGUUCAACUAGCGAACAUGGAUGUCGAUUACCUGUAUGUUUUAUUGAGAUUUGUUUUUCGUCCUGUUAAUCAUGACUUUUGUCAAGAUUCAAAUUCUGAGGCAUAUUUUCGUUUACGUUAGCCACUAAGUACCAGCAUGAAUGAAUUAUUUAAUGUACC